UGAAGUCGUAUGAUGUGGCUUGUCCGGUUGUAACCCGCUCUCCCUGCAGCACCGGGACAUUGUGUACAGCGGAAAUAUUUCUGUGCGUAUUCCUCAGAUGUUUUGUAGGUGACCAACACACCAUGCAUCUACCACCCCCUGCCUACAGCCCCACCUGCAGCUGAGCUUCCCCUCAGCCUGACCUCCAGUAUCCUCCCUCAAACACCAUGGAUCCAGACCAGCACAAGUCACCUGUUUAUAAACCCAGUCCUGAAUACUUUUCAUUGGACUACCGCCUCCAGCUCAUCGGCCUCGGCUUUGCCUUCUAUGCAGGAAUAUUCCUCCUCUCCCACCUCCUGUCUGUGGCAUUAUCCCGCACUUACAACUCCCUGGUAGCUAAGGAGAAGGUUUUCUGGGACCUCGCAGCGACUCGUGCAGUUUUUGGCAUCCAGAGCACCAUAGCAGGUCUGCGGGCCCUGACUGAGGACUCUGCAUUAACUACAGACAGAGUGAAAGGACAAGAAGACUGGUCAUGGUUCAAUGUCCUUACAGCCACAGGUUUCUUUGUGUUUGAGAACGUAGCACUUCACACCUCCAGCGUGAUAUUUCGGUCGUUUGACCUUCCACUGGCGACGCAUCAUUUCUUCGCCCUGACAGGAUAUGCAGGAGCAGUGGCGUGGGACUCUAUGGGCCACUUCCUGCCGAUGGUUACACUGCUGCUGGAGAUGAGCACACCUUUCACCUGUAUAUCCUGGAUGUUACUGAAGGCUGGCUGGGCACGCACCCUGUUUUGGAGAGGCAACCAAUGGGUGAUGAUCCACGCAUUUCACUGUCGCAUGGUGCUCACCUACUACAUGUGGUGGGUAACCCUGAACCACUGGGGAGAGCUCAGCGCCAAUGUGGCCCUGCUCCCAUGGCUAGUUUACAUUGUUGGUCUCACUCUGCUCACAUUUAUCCUCAACCCCAUGUGGACCCACAAAAAAACCAUGCAGCUGUUUAAUCCUGUGGACUGGAAUUUUGGAAACAAGCUAGUACCCUUAAACGGGGCCACGGAGGGUCGAUCAGCGGGUUCUGUCAAACCCCACGCCAACUGAGUGGCACCAAAGAGAGCAUUUUGUAUCUGAAAGAUGCCUUUUUUUUCUUCUUUAAUGGAUGUGUGAUGUGACUUUUAGAGGGAUGAUUGUAAGAUGUUUUUUUUUAUGAUUUAUUCCAUUAUAAAACACAAAAAAAGCCUUACCAGGUAUUUUGUGAUUAUCUUUUACAAUUUAACUUAAAAUAGAAAAAGUCUAUCUGUAUGUAUGCCUCUCCUUCGAUUGUCUUGACAAACAUUCAUGCGGUCGACUUCACCCAUGGCCGGUGUAUUGCUGAGGACCUUUGGAAGUGCACCGUUAAAUAUGAGCUCUCGAGAUGGACUGGACAUAUUCAUUCAUAAUGUGUUACUACUGCCAGAAGUACACACUCUGUAGUGUACUGAAAAAGGACCCCGAUUUACUGUUACAUCGCUGCAUGCUGGCCACAGCUUACUCUUCAUCGCUUGCCUCACUACAUUCAAGAGAAGGUGAAGAAAGAGAGAUGGGAGAGACUUCACUAUAGCAUACUAAAAAAUGUCAAGCAUCAGCAACGAAGCUCUUAGAUUAAAUGCUUUUGUUACCGUAAAUAACCAGGCUCCGACUUCAUCGAGGCCAUUAAAUGUUCAUGUUACCUUUUGCACCAUAAUGAUGCAUAUAAUUGAGUAAGGCUGGGCGAUUUGGCUUUAGAAUGAUAUCACGAUAUUUUUAGGCUAUAUCGCGACACACAAUAUAUAUUGAAAUUUCCUAAUGUAAACUACUAAAAUACAAAAUUAUUAAAUGAACUACAGUUACAAAAAAAGUAGCUUCCGCC